AUGGAUGAGUCAGAGCUCAGUGGCCCCAGCCUGACCAGACAGUCAGGACUGGAGCCUGCUCAUGGCUCCUCAGCACCUGAGGCCAUCAGCCCCAGCUCCAGCACCCUGGUGCCAUCGGGGCUGGAUCCCCAGUCUCCAUCUGUGGAGACCAGCAGCAGCCACCAGCACACAGUAUGGCUGCAGUCUCUGCUGUCUUCUUCACUGGACACCAGCAGCCCCAGCACAUCAAGCUCAACGUACAGCACCUCGUCUGACCCUGAGGACAGGGUCCAUUCCAGACGUGCUGGGCCCAGCUGCAGGCCAACCCGCUCUCACCAGCAAGGUCGGGCCCCAGAAGGACCCGUCCGAUGGAGGAGUCGCUGUGACAGGAGCAGGAGGACAACCACGAGGACUGAGAGGCCCAGGCGAAGGGAGACACCUUCACAGGCAUCCCCGGGAUGCAGCCGCGCCCGCCAGCAAGGUCAGGCCCAGAGUCCGCCUGCCCGGUCCAGGAGUCGCCGUGACAGGAGCAGCCGGACAAGACCAAGGACUGAGAGGCCCAGGCCAAGGGAGACGUCGUCAGGGACAUCCCCCAGACGCAGCCGCGCCCGCCUGCAGCGCCGGGCCUCGAAUCAACCUGUCCUGUCCAGGAGUCGCCAGGACAGGAGCAGCAGGACAGCAGCAAGGGCUCAGAGGCCCAGGCGCAGUGGGGCACCGUCAGGGAUGUCCCGCAGGAGCAACCGCUCCCGCCAGCGACGCCGGGCCUCAACUGGGACCUACAACAGCAGCACAUAG